UUCGAAUUUAUAAUGGAAUUUCGGAAGCAAUUCUAGACAAUUUGAGUCUUGCGCUUUUUGUUUGUGAUUGGCCUCUUCUUAUAAAUCCAUUUUUGAAAUAUGAUUAUAUAUGCCAAUGACAAGCACAGCGCUUUCUAAGCGCUUAGUUCUGCCGAAUGAUUUUGUAACUUAUAAGAAAAUAACCAAUCAGAGUUUUUUAUUUUCUUCUUCAAGGAAAUGCAAAAUUUUUCCUUUCACAUUUACCGAUCUUUACACUUCAACGCUGAGAUAGUAUUAUCUCAAAUAUCGAAAAAUCAUCAAUUUGUCAUUUAAAGAGAGAAAGAGAAAGGAAGAAAAACAAGUAAAAAAAGAAAGUACUAUAAACAAAGAAUUACUUUCAACAAAUUCUUAUAAAGUAUGGAUAAUUCCCAAUUGCAAAAAGUAGAACUGCAAACAGAUGUUUAUAUGGUGUGUUUACAACAUGCUUUGUCAACAGAAAACUUUGAAGUAAUGGGUUUACUCAUUGGUAAUUUUGAAUAUGGAGUAGCAAAAAUAUCAGCAGUUAUUAUUUUACGGCGUUUAGAUAAAAAGAAAGAUAGAGUAGAAAUUUCAUCAGAGCAAUUACUGAAAGCUGCUGCCGAAGCUGAGCGACUAACAGUAGAAUUGAAUCAGCCCAUGCGAGUUCUUGGCUGGUAUCAUUCACAUCCACAUAUUACAGUUUGUCCAUCUCAUGUUGAUGUCAGAACUCAAGCUACUUAUCAAACAAUGGAUCGUAGUUUUGUAGGUUUAAUAUUUUCGGUAUUUUCUGAAGGAAAAGAAUCAAAAGAACACGAGAUCUUUUUAAAUUGUUUUCAAUCAAAUAAUGGUGAAGCUACAGAAAUACCGUUAGAGAUAGUACAUACUCCAGACAUUUCAGAUAGAUGUUUAAGAACAAUGACAGACUUAUCAAAAAUUUUGGUGCAAGAGGAAGAAGAUAUGUCCGAGUCUUGUAAAGAUCAUCCCGAUGUUCUUGCGAGUAUUCAUAAUAAUGCUGUAAGAACUCGUGCAUUGGUACAUAUAACAGAUAUUAUUACAAAGCCUUUGGUAGAAAUAUUCGAGAAAAGAUUAAUAUUAAAUAAACUGCUCGCUAUGCAUCUCCAAAAACAACUUCAAGAGUUACAAAAAAUGUGUACCGGAUAAAAAUCUUUUUUUCAGAAGGUAAAGUACAAAUCAAAUGUUACACAGUGAUUAAUAUGAAUAUGCAUUCGUGACUACACAAAUGUUUCUUGAAAAAAUUUUAUAUGUAAUAUAUAUGAUUAAUAUAAUAAAGAUUACAAAAAAUAAUAUCUAAAA